AUGUUUAAACCAAAAAUGAUAGAAAAUGAAAAAGAUUUUUUUUGUACUAAAGGACACAAACUACCAGUUGUUACAAUUGCACUUGAUCCUAAAUUAUCGAGAGAUGAGCGACUCUUAUGCACAGAAUGUUUAGAGAAUACAUGCAUGGAUGGCAAAAUGGUUGGAUUAAGGAAGAUGAUAUAAAUAGUUGAAGAGAACUAAAUAAAGUAGAUGGAAAAAGUUGAAAAUAUAAUAAUGGAUUAGAUAAAAUAAGUUGAAUAACUACAUAGUAUUGUUGAUCAGAUGAAAUCAUUUGUUCUCCAAUAAUUAAAUGAAUUGAUUACUAUAUUGAUUGGAUGGAUUCAGAAUCUAUAAAAAAAAGGAUAAUAAUAGUCCGAAUAUAGUCUUUAAGAGGAAAUAGAAAAAAUGGUUUUGUAAAGAAAUAAUACUUAUACCACUUUACAACCAUAAAUUAGUGAAAUUUAAAAAACAAAUUUCUGCUGGAUAUCAAAAUUACAUCCUAAACUAGAAUAAUUUAAUUAAUUUGCAGAAUAUAAGAGGUGCAAAGAUAUAUUGACAAACAUAGGAUUGGAAUCUUAACACAUUACAAAUGAAUAAUAAUAAAUUAAUGUGCAAAAAGAAAAUGAAGAAUUACAAUAAUUAAUUGCUGAAUUAAAUAUUUAACAUCCAUAAGCUGAAUAAUCUGCUUGUUCAGACAAUCUUUAAUCAUUUAGUUAUGACAUUAUUUAAGAAUUUUCAAUUCAAAAAAUAGAAUAAUGCUAUGCAAUUGCUAUUAAUAAGGAUUGUUCAACCUUAUUGGUUGGAUGCUUAUCUCAAAUUAAAGUAUUUGAAUUCAACUAAGGAAAUAUCAAAUAAAUUUAAACCUUAAAUGAGCACAAACAAUAUGUUACUACUUUAAACUUCAUGAAAAAAUCAAAAUAGUUUAUAUCUGGAAGUCGUGAUAAAUCUAUUAUAAUAUGGAGAUGCGAUGAAAAUAAUUUAUGGACUUUAUAAUAGAGAUUAAAUGGACAUAGCUUUUGGAUCUUAUGUUUAGUAUUAAAUACAAAUGAAGAUUUAAUUAUUUCAGGAAGCAAUGACCCAAGUAUUAAAUUUUGGAUUAAUAAAAAUGAAUGGGUGUGUCAAUAAACAAUAACAGAUCAUUCCAGUUCCAUAUAUGGAUUAAGUUUGAAUUAAUAAUAAAAUAGAGUGAUAUCUUGUGGUUAUGAUAAACUGAUUUUAAUAAUGGAGCAAUAAGAAUAGAAUAAAGAUUGGAUUGUAAUAUAAAAGAUUAAAGUUGAGGAGUUUGGACAUCGAAUAUGCUUUAUUGAUGAUAAUAUUUUCGCAUUCUCACAAUAUGAUAUUGAAUAACUGACUUUGUUUGAGAUGAAUCCUAUAAAUAAAUAGUUUAACAAAACUCGAGAUAUUUCUAUAAAAUGUGGAUUAGAAGAUGAAUGUUUUUUUCCUUAACAAUAUAUUAAUUCUAAGUAGAUUUUACUGAGUAAGAAUGGUGAAUAUGUCAAUUUAAUAAAGAAAAAGUAAAAUGAAGAUUUUCUAACUGAAUACUCCAUUCCUUUUCGAACAUUUUGUCUUUUUGGUGUGAUGAGUGAUGAUGGUGAAUAUUUGAUCACUUGGGAUAAAAAUUCAAACUCAAUAUAAAUUAGGAAAUAUAAAGAAUUAUGA